CACGCUCCAAUAAUCCGUCGCUUAAUUACUUUGCCGAAUUGAAUGAUUCCUUUCCGCGAAAGUCAGUGGGCAUAACUUUCUUUUUUUGUUUUGUUUUUGUUCUUGAUACCCAAAAUUUAUCAUUGCAUCUCUUUGCUUGGCACAUUUUUUUCCUACUUUAUCUUCAUUUAAUUCCUAAUUCACCUGGGAAAAAAAAAAUCAAACAACCCACUACCAAGGAAACCUUGCUGUUACUCUAUCCAAGCAAGAGAUUACGUGCGUUCAUCGACCCCAAGUUCACCCAUAUUCCACCGCUUCUAUUAAUUUCAUUAUUCACACCUGCUUUAUUCAUUUCGAGAGACAAGAGACUGUAAUUCGCUAAUGGAUGAGGCGACUUCUUCCAGCGAUACUGGGAACCCCAAGCUUCAAUGGCUUAUCGUGCUUGCUCCAGUAGUGGGAGCCAUGAUCCUUUACCUGGCUCUAAGGAUUCGGAAUGCACGUCAUCGAAGUAAACAGACGGUUGUGGAUACAGAAGCAAGGGCUGAGAUGUCGCCAUCAAGGCCGAUGGUUUCUAUUUCAUCGGCUUCCGAUCUCCCUAUUGGAUACACUCCUUCAAUGCCUCCUCCUUCUUUUACCGCCCAUACUCUGGGUCGUGAUGACCGUGGCCGGAUUCACAUUCCCUCACGGCCAUUGAUUCGGUUUUCAACCGCUUCCUUAUUCCACUAUCCUCAAGGUUCCACCGCAUCUCUCGGCACAUCGUCCACCUCAUCCUCUUACUUUUGGCGACGGUUUCAUCGAGCUGGACCCGAAAGCCGGCGUCCAUCCCAACCACGAAGAGAACGAAGACGCCGACGACGAGAUCGAACCCCACCCACACCACCGCCUAUUUAUUCAGGAUCGCCUCCCCCCAACUACGAAGACAUUAUGCAACCACGGUCAGAAGCCGAACCAUCGUCACGAACAGAUACCGAACGAACAGUGAAUGACCAAGCUGAAGAUGAACCUUUGGUCCACCUUCAGCAGCGCCUGGCUUCUUCGGACCCCAAUGCAUAGUGUCUACUCAACCUUUUUUUUUUUUAUCCUACAAUUUUCCCUCGGUUGUCUCUCGCAUUUACGACCCAUGACGUUGCACAAACAUGGACAACGCACUUGGAAGAGCUGUCGUGUCAUUAGAAUUUCCGGUGCAAAACACAUUCAUCCGUGAACUGGGAAAACCAAACUCGAUCGGCCUUUGAACUUUUGCUCAUGGAUGCAUAAAAACAGAACCUGCUGUUGGUUCUUGUCGCAUGCCGGUGUUCGUGCCGCUUCCACGUUAUGUGCAACCUUUUCGCCUACUUUAGCAUUCAUUAUCAUCCAUCAUAUUCAGCAAACACAUACAUACAGUCAUUUCAGAAAGUAAAAAAAGAAAAAAGUCCACGGUUAAGAAUGAUGGUCAAUGGAUCCAAAAUAAAGAUCUUUAAAAACGUGCC